CUAAACUUGAUGCAUUUCUCGCUCUUUGCGGCUUUCGCAUGAUUUUACACCACGAUGGAUUCGAUACCGAGAACGCAUAAAGAUAUUGAAGCUCAGAUACGAGAAAUACAGUCAAAAAAGAAGGAGAUUUUGAAUACAGUUGCUGAAAAAGAACAAGUUGCUCUAGGAAAAACUGGAUUUUAUGAUCAGGAUAUUUAUGAUGGCAGUAAUAAUAAGUUUGAUGGCUAUGUUACAUCAAUUGCAGCCAAUGAUGAGAUUGAGGAUUAUGAUCCAUUUGCGGACAGACGACUACCCACCAUAACUGAUAGGGAGGAAAAGGAUUUUGAUCCAUUUGCAGAUAGACGAAGACCUACUAUAGCUGAUAGAGAAGAUGAAUAUAGACAGAAAAGACGAAGGAUGAUUAUCUCUCCUGAACGUGUUGAUCCUUUUGCUGAAGGUGGUAAGACACCUGAUGUUGGUUCCAGAACUUAUACUGAAAUUAUGCGAGAACAAAUGCUCAAAGGUGAAGAGACUGAGCUGAGAAAGAGAUUAGCAGAAAAAGCUAAAGAUGGUACUUUGAAAGCCAAUGGUGAACCUAAACCAGCACCCAAAAAAAGAGGUCGUUGGGAUCAAACUGAUGAUACCCCGGUGCAGAGAAAGUUAUCUGGUACUUCGGCAACACCUACAUCUUGGGAUAAUGCAGAUGUAACACCAGCUGCUAUUAGAUGGGAUGAAACUCCAGGCCAUGGUAAAGGAGCAGAGACUCCUGGUGCCACUCCUGGAGUUAGUACGAGAAUGUGGGAUGCUACACCAGCUCAUGCAACACCAGGAGCUGUAACUCCAGGCAGAGAGACACCCUCUCAUGAAAAGCCAGUCUCAAGCAGACGAAAUCGUUGGGAUGAAACUCCAAAAACUGAACGAGAAACUCCCGGACAUAGUAGUGGUUGGGCAGAGACUCCGAGGACCGAUCGUGUGGCCGGUGACUUGAUACAAGAAACUCCGACGCCUUCAGCAAGCAAACGACGAAGUAGAUGGGACGAAACACCGUCGAAUCAAACGCCGGGUUCGAUGACACCGCAAACACCGGCAACGCCACUCACAACUCCUCAUCAAACGUCUAUUUUGACACCCAACGCAGUUACGCCAACUGGACCGAAAGCAAUGGGUUUGGCUACUCCUACACCAGGACACUUGAUGUCUAUGACGCCUGAGCAGUUACAAGCUUACCGUUGGGAACGUGAAAUAGACGAACGAAAUAGACCGUUAUCCGAUGACGAGUUAGAUGCUUUAUUUCCACCCGGAUACAAGAUCCUUCAACCACCGGCAGGAUAUGUGCCUAUUCGUACACCUGCUAGGAAGCUCACCGCGACACCCACACCUAUCGCCGGCACGCCUCAGGGUUUCUUUAUUCAAACCGAGGACAAGAAUGCCAAAUACGUGGAUAAUCAACCAAAGGGUAACUUGCCAUUCAUGAAGCCGGAAGACGCGCAGUAUUUCGACAAGCUUUUGGUAGACGUGGACGAAGAGUCGCUCAGCCCCGAAGAGCAGAAAGAGCGGAAAAUCAUGAAGCUGUUGCUGAAAAUUAAAAACGGUACACCUCCGAUGCGUAAAGCUGCUCUAAGACAAAUUACCGACAAAGCGAGAGAAUUUGGCGCUGGUCCGCUUUUCAAUCAAAUCCUACCACUUCUCAUGUCACCCACUCUCGAGGACCAGGAACGUCAUUUGCUCGUGAAAGUUAUCGAUCGCAUUCUUUAUAAACUCGAUGACCUGGUGCGGCCAUAUGUGCACAAGAUUCUAGUUGUUAUCGAGCCUUUAUUGAUCGAUGAAGACUACUAUGCCCGUGUCGAAGGCCGAGAAAUCAUUUCCAAUUUAGCCAAAGCUGCAGGAUUGGCGACGAUGAUCUCUACAAUGAGACCCGACAUCGAUAACAUCGACGAAUAUGUACGCAACACGACGGCCAGAGCGUUCGCUGUUGUGGCAUCGGCUCUUGGAAUCCCAUCGUUACUUCCGUUCUUAAAAGCCGUUUGUCGCAGUAAGAAAUCCUGGCAAGCGAGACACACUGGCAUCAAAAUCGUGCAACAAAUAGCUAUCCUCAUGGGCUGCGCUAUCUUACCACAUUUGAAGAGCUUGGUGGAGAUUAUUGAACAUGGUUUGGUGGAUGAACAACAAAAAGUACGAACCAUCACUGCGUUAGCCAUUGCGGCGUUAGCUGAAGCUGCGACGCCGUAUGGUAUCGAAAGUUUCGACUCCGUAUUGAAACCUCUAUGGAAAGGUAUUCGCACACAUAGAGGUAAAGGUCUAGCAGCGUUCUUAAAAGCUAUCGGUUAUCUGAUCCCACUCAUGGACGCGGAGUAUGCAAAUUAUUACACUAGAGAAGUAAUGCUUAUCCUUAUACGUGAAUUCCAGUCACCGGAUGAAGAAAUGAAAAAGAUCGUAUUAAAGGUAGUAAAACAAUGUUGCGGAACAGAUGGUGUGGAGGCGCAAUAUAUAAAAGAUGAAAUUUUACCUCACUUUUUUAAACACUUUUGGAAUCACCGUAUGGCAUUGGAUCGUAGAAAUUACAGACAGCUUGUAGAUACUACUGUGGAAAUAGCUAACAAAGUGGGCGCUUCAGAGAUCAUUAACAGAGUAGUGGAUGAUUUGAAAGAUGAAAAUGAACAGUAUAGAAAAAUGGUAAUGGAGACUAUCGAGAAGAUAAUGGGUAAUUUGGGAGCGGCAGAUGUCGAUUCCCGUUUGGAAGAGCAGCUCAUUGACGGCAUUUUGUACGCCUUCCAGGAACAAACUACCGAGGAUGUUGUCAUGCUCAAUGGUUUUGGUACGAUCGUGAACACAUUAGGUAAAAGAGUGAAGGCAUAUCUUCCACAGAUUUGUGGUACGAUAUUAUGGAGGUUGAAUAACAAGUCUGCAAAAGUCAGACAGCAAGCUGCAGAUCUUAUUUCACGUAUCGCUGUGGUUAUGAAGACUUGUCAAGAAGAAAAACUAAUGGGACAUUUAGGAGUCGUCUUAUAUGAGUAUCUAGGCGAAGAAUAUCCAGAGGUAUUAGGUAGUAUUUUAGGAGCCUUGAAAGCCAUUGUAAAUGUCAUAGGAAUGACGAAGAUGACACCACCCAUCAAGGAUUUAUUACCGAGGCUGACACCAAUUUUAAAGAACAGACACGAAAAGGUGCAAGAAAACUGUAUCGACUUAGUAGGCAGAAUCGCAGAUCGAGGUCCUGAGUACGUUUCUGCUCGAGAAUGGAUGAGGAUAUGCUUUGAAUUAUUGGAACUAUUGAAGGCACAUAAAAAAGCUAUCAGAAGAGCAACAGUAAAUACCUUUGGUUAUAUUGCCAAAGCCAUUGGGCCGCAUGACGUCUUGGCAACACUUUUAAACAACUUAAAAGUCCAAGAACGUCAGAAUCGCGUUUGCACCACAGUCGCUAUUGCCAUCGUUGCUGAAACUUGUAGUCCUUUUACUGUUUUACCCGCAUUGAUGAACGAAUAUAGGGUACCUGAGCUAAAUGUACAAAACGGGGUGUUGAAAUCUUUGUCGUUCUUAUUCGAAUAUAUCGGCGAGAUGGGCAAAGAUUAUAUUUACGCUGUUAGUCCAUUGUUGGAAGAUGCUCUUAUGGACAGGGACUUGGUACACAGGCAGACCGCAUGCGCUGCCAUUAAACACAUGGCAUUGGGUGUUUACGGUUUUGGAUGUGAAGAUGCAUUAAUACAUCUACUAAAUCACGUAUGGCCCAAUGUUUUCGAAACUUCACCGCAUUUGGUACAAGCGUUUAUGGAUGCCGUGGACGGAUUGCGUGUUGCACUCGGACCAAUCAAGAUUUUGCAGUAUACACUGCAAGGAUUGUUUCAUCCGGCUCGCAAAGUACGUGAUGUCUACUGGAAGAUUUAUAAUUCCCUCUACAUCGGUGGUCAGGAUGCUCUCGUGGCUGGUUAUCCUCGUAUUAUGAACGAUCCAAAGAACCAAUAUUUAAGAUACGAAUUGGACUAUGUACUGUAAUACAAAACUAGCAGCUAUGAGGCGCAGUUCAUAAAUUUCUAAUGCUCCACAUUGGAAACUUGUGCUACGCAAGAUUCAGUUUUGCAGCAUCUCCAAGUUCUUUGAAAAUGUUCAAAAUAAAAACCGGAGUUUUGAAGGAAUUCAUUAAUCUGAUAUAUAAAUGGAGUGAAUUUCUGAAUAUAGACAUGUUAUGGUGCUCUUGUAAACGUUGUCAGUUGUGAUAUAAAUUUUGGAGAGAUGGAGAUGUGUAUCAAGAAUUAAG